AUGAAUGAAGUCAGUGUUGUGAGAGAGGGAUGGCUACACAAGAGAGGUGAAUACAUUAAAACAUGGAGGCCUCGCUACUUCAUCCUGAAGAGUGAUGGCUCCUUCAUCGGCUACAAGGAGAAGCCAGAGGUGUCCAGUGAUCACAGUCUCCCACCACUCAACAACUUCUCCGUUGCAGAAUGCCAGCUGAUGAAGACAGAACGACCCAGGCCCAACACAUUUGUCAUCCGCUGCCUACAGUGGACUACUGUCAUUGAGCGCACCUUCCAUGUGGACAGUAAUGAGGAGAGGGAGGAAUGGAUGCGAUCAAUUCAGGCGGUUGCCAAUAGCCUUAAGAGUCAACAGCAGGAUGAAGAGCCCAUGGAGAUCAAAUAUGGCUCACCCAGUGACAGCUGUGGCACAGAGGAGAUGGAGGUGGCCACAUCUAAAUCCCACACCAAAGUGAACAUGAGUGACUUUGACUACUUGAAGCUGCUGGGCAAGGGGACAUUUGGUAAAGUGAUCCUGGUCAAGGAGAAGGCUACAGGGGUGUACUAUGCCAUGAAAAUCCUCCGCAAAGAAGUUAUCAUUGCCAAAGACGAGGUGGCACACACAGUUACAGAAAGCAGAGUUCUCCAAAACACAAGGCAUCCUUUCCUAACGACACUAAAAUAUGCUUUCCAGACACAUGACCGCCUAUGUUUUGUGAUGGAGUAUGCAAAUGGAGGCGAGCUGUUCUUUCACUUAUCCCGUGACCGAGUGUUCACGGAGGACAGGGCUCGGUUUUACGGAGCAGAGAUAGUGUCUGCACUUGAAUACCUACACUCACGCAAUGUAGUUUACAGGGAUCUGAAGCUGGAGAACCUUAUGCUGGAUAAGGAUGGCCACAUAAAGAUAACAGACUUUGGCCUGUGUAAAGAGGGCAUCACCGACGGCGCCACCAUGAAAACGUUCUGUGGGACACCAGAGUACCUGGCACCAGAAGUGCUGGAGGACAAUGACUAUGGCCGGGCGGUGGACUGGUGGGGCCUUGGCGUCGUCAUGUAUGAGAUGAUGUGUGGCCGACUGCCUUUCUACAACCAGGACCACGAGCGCCUCUUUGAGCUCAUCCUCAUGGAGGAGAUCCGCUUCCCCAAGAACCUGGCCCCCGAGGCCAAGGCCCUGCUGGCAGGCCUGCUUAAGAAAGACCCUAAGCAGAGGCUGGGAGGUGGGGCAGAAGAUGCCAAAGAAGUGAUGACCCACAAGUUUUUCACAUCCAUCAACUGGCAGGAUGUAACUGAGAAAAAGCUUAUUCCCCCCUUCAAGCCCCAAGUGACAUCAGAGACAGAUACGCGUUACUUUGAUGAUGAGUUCACUGCACAAACCAUUACCGUUACACCUCCAGACAAGUACGACAGCAUAGAUGCAGAGGACUCAGACCAGCGAACACACUUUCCACAGUUCUCCUAUUCCGCCAGCAUACGGGAAUAAGCGUUGAAACACUUGAAUCAGUAGGCAGGCUAACACACGUUCACCCCCACUACCACCACCACCACCACCCUGACACACAAACACAUAAAUACAUAACCCUCAUUUGUGCUGCUGAGGUAUUGGAAUGAUGCAAAGAAAAACUGGCACAAAACACAUUUUCAA